ACACUGCCCGCCCGCCCGCCCGCCCGCCCAUUCGCAAUCCUCCUCCGCCUGCAAUCGAUCAUUUCACUGUUCACAAAACCCUAAACAAGAAUAUUGAAUUCCCCAUUUCUACCCUCAAUUUUCCCAUUAUUUCCCUCUAGGGUAGGGUACCCUAUGCUUUUCGCCUUUCCCAAACUCUAGCUGCUCUGGUCCAGAUUUAUCAAUGGCGGAGCGACCAACAAUAACCACCCACGGCACGGCUGAGAGGAGCGGCAACGGCGCGCCGGCGCCGCAGACCAGCUCGCGCUCCGUCACGGAGACGGUUAACGGCUCUCAUCGAUUCGUGAUCCAGGGGUACUCGCUGGCCAAGGGCAUGGGCGUCGGGAAACACAUUGCCAGUGACAAUUUCACCGUCGGCGGUCAUCAGUGGGCUAUCUACUUUUACCCCGACGGAAAAAAUCCGGAGGAUAAUUCGACGUACGUUUCCGUUUUCAUCGCUUUGGCGAGUGAAGGGACAGACGUUAGGGCUUUGUUCGAGUUGACUCUGGUUGAUCAGAGUGGAAAGGACAAGCACAAGAUUCACAGCCACUUCGAUCGUUCCCUUGAGAGUGGCCCCUACACUUUGAAAUACCGCGGCAGCAUGUGGGGAUACAAACGUUUUUUCAGACGAGUUAUGCUUGAAAAUUCUGAUUAUCUUAAGGAUGAUUGCUUGAAAAUUAAUUGUACUGUUGGAGUUGUGCGUUCUACAAUAGACUGUUCAGGCAUGCAUUCUAUUCAUAUUCCAGAUUCAGACAUUGGAGCACAUUUUGGCAUGCUUCUGGAAAAUAUGGAAGGGUCUGAUAUCAUUUUCAAUGUCGCUGGUGAAAAAUUUCAUGCCCAUAAGUUGGUAUUGGCUGCUCGUUCUCCCAUUUUCCGUUCAGAAUUCUUUGAUGGACUGGAGAGUGAUGAGCAGGAAAUUGUUAUAAGUAAUAUGGAAUCCAAGGUCUUCAAGGCCAUGCUGCACUUUGUGUACACAGAUAGUCUUUUGGAAGACGACCUAGAAGCUUCUAGCUCUUCUAGUAUACCUUCUAUAUCUGAUACAUUACCAGCGAAAUUGCUAGAAGCAGCUGAUCGCUAUGAUUUGGGAAGACUCAAACGGAUGUGUGAAGCGUAUCUCUGCAAAGAUAUUUCUGUGAACUCUGUUGCAAAGACUCUAGCUCUUGCAGACUGUUAUCAUGCCAUGGAGCUCAAAACUGUCUGCCUUAGAUUUGCUGCUGAAAACCUUGCUGCUGUGAUGCAAUCGGAUGGUUUUGAGUACCUGAAAGAAAACUGCCCUUCUCUCCAGUCAGAACUUCUAAAGACAGUGGCUGGUUGCGAGGAUGAGUGUAGCAGCGGAGGGGGGAAGUCUCGGAGCGUUUGGGCACAGCUUUCUGACAGCGGUGAUACUGACGGGAGGAGGGUACGGCAAAGGACCUGACUGAGGAUUUUAGGAGUUAGGUAAGUGAUUGUUGUGUAGAAUGUAGUGUAAGAAUGUUUGGACCAUUACAGAAUGAAAAAUGUUUCAUAGUCUUCAUGAAACAUGAUGUGUUGUAAUUGAUAGAUAGUUAGAGACCCCAAAUGGGUUGGUUAUCAAUUGCAUAUCUUCUCAGGUCAGCCAGCCAGCCAUAUGAGCUUUCACCAAGAUCUAUCUGGGUUGCUUUUGGUUUUGCUUUCAACGAAAAUUUUGUACACAUUACUCCCACUUGUAAUAAAAAAUGCAGAAAUGCCACA